AUGAUACUUGACGAAAUUCACACUGAAUUUAAUCUGAAUUUCACGAAGAUAGUCGCAACAGUUACUGAUAAUGGUUCCAACUUCAUCAAAGCAUUCAAAGAAUUUGGUGUAUCAAUUUUAAACUCAGAUUCGUUUGAUUUAGAAGAAGAUGAUUUGGAUGAUGAAGAAGAUGAUUUACGAGAAAUUAUUGAUCCACGUGAUUUUCAAUUAGCGUGUCAUUUCAGAUACUCAUACUCUGAAUUUGUCUGCUACUACAGAUGCUAA